UGAUCAUCACUUCUCACCUUUUAUCUAUAAUACCUUGCCCUUAAUAUGUCACUAACAUUAUUUAGAUAUCUACCAAACACUACAUAACAACCACACAACCAUAGAAAAUUAGCAAUCACAUAUUCAAAACAAGAGCUCGAAAAAUGGCAGGUCUUGUACUUGAAAUCGUCACUGAGCUUAGGUUGGGGCUACCAGGCGGCGAAGGUAUUAACAAUAAUAAAAAUGAGAAGAAAAGGGUUUUCUCUGAGGUCUCAAGCGGCGGCGGGGAAGCGAAUAGCACCACCAAUGAUGACCGGAAAAUCCAAACAAAGACUCUAGUUGUGGGGUGGCCACCGGUUUGUUCUUAUCGGAAAAAGAAUAGUUUUAAUGAGAAAGAAGGGCUUGAAACUUCAAAGCCGUACGUGAAAGUUAGCAUGGAUGGAGCUCCUUUUCUUCGGAAGAUUGAUUUGGGUAUGCACAAGGAGUAUUCAGAUCUUUUUGUUGCAUUGGAGAAGCUAUUUGGUUGUUUUGGAAUCGGGAAAGCGCUGAAGGAUGCAGACUGCAGCGACUACGUUCCCAUAUACAAGGACAAGAACGGAGACUGGAUGCUUGUGGGAGACGUCCCCUGGGAGAUGUUUAUUGAAUCAUGCAAGAGACUAAGAAUCAUGAAGAGGUCGGAGGCCAUAGGCUUUGGACUGCAGCAGAAAGGUGGUCUUAAGGGAAUAAUGAUAUCGAAAGAUGAUCAUAAUUAAUAGAGCAGAUCAAUUAGACUGAUCAAUUUCCUCGUUUGUAGACACUUAAUUAAUUUCUGUUUAAUUAUAACUGUAGUGUUGCAUAUUUAUUUCAUUUAAGCUGAUGAUUCUUCAUCAAGCUAGCCAUGACAUUCAAGACUUCUUUUGGUGUUUCAGUUGGGAUAAAUUAGACUAUUUUUCUGUUCAUUUUUA